AUGGCCUCCAUGCCAAUUCCAGCAUCCAAAGCUCUCGCUUGGAAUCUUGUCUCAGAGGUAACGGAAACACCGGAUGACCUCCUCCCAGCCGCGUUUCGCAUUGCUGGAGGCAUCACGUACAACAGUGGAGCGGUACUUCGUGCGCUCAAAGCCUCAAUGCGAGAAGGAUACGCAGUGAAUUUCGGAGACGCCGAGAAGCGCGAGCUUCAAAGCAACGAAGCAUACUUUGCCAGUCUCGGCGAUGACCAGUCUCGAGUAUUGGAACAAGGGGCUUCUCGCUUCAACGAAAGAGUUGCUGAGCUCAACACGCCUGACAUGAAGAUGCGUGGGGGAAUGGCAGAUUGA